CGCAAUGGCUAAUCGGGAGACUCCGGGGAGUCCGACCACCACCUGGGGGCAGAGGUUUCGCCUGUUCUUGGACCGCCUGACCAAGAACCGGCGAGGCGCCAAGGUAGGGCACGCCAGCCCCGGUGAGCCCACGCUCGUCCCUCCACCGCCCGCGCCGCACGACCCCGAGGUCGUGGACGCCGUCGCCGGCGACGAGGCCAAGGCCGACGCCAACAAAGGGCGCCCACGCCGAAGGGGCAAGAACAAGAACAAUAAACAGAACGCAGGCGCCAUCAAUUCACCGGAGCUGAAGCAAGAGGGGCUGGAAGAUCCCGCCUCCCAGGACAGCACGCUCGAGACGCUCGGCUCUCCAGUCAUCAUCGUCGCCGCCGCCCAGGAGAUCCCUGCGGUCGUGCCCGCCGUCGUCGCCGAGGAGGCCCGAAGGAGCAAGGCCAAGAAUCAGGCCCAAGGGACGCUCAGGCAGGAAGAUGCGGUGGGCGAGCGCGAGUCGUUGGCCCCUCCGGUCAACAUCGCCGCCACCCAGGAGCUCCCCGCCGCCGAGACCGACACGGAAGGUUGGCAGGUGGUAGCAGGAAAGAAGCGGCAUGGCGGACGGGCGGAGCGUCCUGCCCAAGGACUCGCCCCUACCGCCCAGCACAGGCAUUACCCCAAGAAGCAGCCGCCGCGCUGGAGCUGGACGGCAGGCCCUUCUCGCCCGACGCCUCAGCAUCAUGCUCCAGCGUACCCUGCGUCGACUCGUUCCAAGCCGACUCCGCCGCGAAUCGCUGCACAGCAGCCGCGCUGGACGGCGGGCUCUUGUCGUCAGGCGCCUCAGCAUCACGAUCAUCGCUCUCCUCCGUGCCCCGCCCCUGAUUCGGCUCCUUCCAAGUCCACUCCUCCGCGAAUUACUGCCCAGGAUAAUAAUAGACAAGAAGGUGAUGGUGCUUUAGAUAUCAAGAGAGCAGAUCAUAAGAAGGAUGAUGAAAUAGAAGAAGAAGAUCAGAUGCACCUCAGUUAUUGGAUCAGAAUUAAGGAGCUUAACAGCAAGGAUAAAACUUUGUGCCUCAUCUGCUACCUGGAGCAGAAGGAACCUGUUCCCGAAAUUGCCAAUGAAGAGAAGAAGAUCAAGAGCCAUCUCAACAAAGUUCAUAAGAUGAAGAACAGGAAAUGUCAUCCAUGCAAAAGCAGAGGUUGCUGGGUGAGAGCAAGGACCGGAGGAGAUAUCGGGAGGCACCAAUUUCUAUGCCACAAUUUGUAGAGAUUCUUGAGUCUUGCCUUGAAUACUGCUCUUAACAAUACGGUUCAAUCAAGAGUCCUGGCCUGUUCUUCAAGCUUAGGUUCUUCUGGUUGAUUGUAGCAGGUUAAUGAAGCACUGUAGUACUAAUUAGUCAGCUCGAGUAGUACUCAUUGAUGUACUAUGAAUUUUGGUUUGUGCUUUGAAUCUGGUAUAGUGCCAAAACAG